AUGAAUGUAAAAGAGGGGGGAACAAUGUCGGCUUCGGGUCCCAUAAGCAACUAUUAUGUAGAUUCUCUGAUUAGCCACGAGAGCGACGACUUGCUGGCGUCCCGGUUCCCAGCCACGGGCUCUCAUCCUGCCGCAGCCCGACCGUCAGGAUUGGUACCGGAGUGUGCAGAUUUUCCGUCCUGCAGCUUUGCCCCCAAACCGGCCGUGUUUACCACUUCGUGGGCUCCCGUGCACUCCCAGUCGUCCGUGGUUUACCACCCGUACACGCACCAGCCACACAUUGGAACUGACACUCGGUAUAUGCGCACUUGGCUGGAGCCUAUCUCCGGCGCGGUCUCGUUCCCAGGUUUUCCAGCCAGCAGCCGGCACUACGGGCUUAAACCCGACGCCUUCCACGGCCGCAGGGACUGCGGACCGGUGGAUGGACGUAGUUAUCCGGAUUAUAUGUACGGAUCCCCGGGAGAUCUCAGGGACAGAGCCCCGCAGACUAUACCCUCUCCGGAAUCUGAGGCCAUCGCUUCCAACAAACACAAAGAAGAAAAGACCGAAUUGGACCCUAAUAAUCCUGUUGCAAAUUGGAUUCAUGCACGUUCUACAAGAAAGAAAAGAUGUCCUUAUACGAAGUAUCAAACGCUGGAACUAGAGAAAGAGUUUUUAUUCAAUAUGUACCUAACACGGGACCGCCGUUAUGAAGUGGCCAGGGUUCUUAAUCUCACGGAGCGCCAAGUCAAAAUCUGGUUUCAGAACAGGAGGAUGAAAAUGAAGAAAAUGAAUAAGGAGAAAACCGAUAAUAAAGAGCAGCAGUGAAACUGGCCCCAGUCCCUCAAGUCAGUGGAGAAAUCAAGGCGCUGGUUCUUCCUGAGAAAGAAAUUGUUCCUGACUUUUCCCCCCUAAUGUUCUGAUGACUGUUUAGAAGUAGUUAAACACGGCAAACCUUUCUGGAACAAAAAUGAGAGAGACAGAGGCAGAGAGAAAGAGGAACAUAAAGAGUGCUUUUCUUUACAAAUGCAAAAACACACACACACAAAAAUCCCUACCAAUUGCAACUAAAAAUAAACUUUUUUUCUUUUCAGAAAAACAACAAAG